AGGAUACAUUGGGGUGGUGAAGGACGCCACAGAGUCUACGGCGCGUGUUGAGCUGCACUCGACCUGUCAGACCAUCUCAGUGGAUCGACAGCGCCUCACCACCAUGGGGGCUAAGAGGCACAGCGGGCAGACCUCGACUCACGGCCGCACCCCGAUGUACGGCUCCCAGACUCCGAUGUACGGGACGGGAUCCAGAACGCCCAUGUACGGCUCUCAGACGCCCGUACAGGAAGCUGGAAGCCGCACGCCUCACUACGGCUCUCAAACUCCAUUGCAUGAUGGGAGCAGGACGCCGGGUCAGAGUGGAGCCUGGGACCCCAGCAACCCCAACACACCCUCCAGGAAUGACGAGGAGUAUGACUUUGGGUACGACGAUGAACCGUCCCCCUCCCCUCAGGGUUACACCGGGACCCCCAACCCCCAGACCCCCGGGUACCCAGAGGUCCCCUCUCCUCAGGUUAACCCUCAGUACAACCCUCAGACGCCGGGCACGCCUGCUAUGUGAGUCUC